AUGACAAAAUGUGUCAAAUUUAAACUGAAAAAUAAAUGUGCUGUAAAAUUUAAAACUAUUGCUUACAUCCGAAAGCUGAGUGGAUGUAAUCCUCUGGCCCAAAGUCUUUACCAGCUCCUCUGCAGAUCUACACCUGUUACCAAAGUCCAGAAGGUAGCCAUUGUGGAAGGGUUGUACUUCCUCUUUAGGGAACUGUUGCCAAGAAAUGGGGACAAGAUAAUUGAAGAUGGGGAUGUUUUUGAACAUUCAUCGGUUUGCUGGGCUUAUCUUUUAUCUCAGGCACAGAACGAGAACUCAGACAGUGAAAAAUAUAAAGAUGUAUCUCUGAAGGCUCCGUCUACAGACCAGCGUCUGUCUGAGCCAGUGCGAGUUCCUGGAGUGACUGAGGUCUUUGACAGGGUUUAUGUCCAGGACAAAAUAAAGGAUGGUGAGAAAAUCCCCAACUGUACUGAGUUAUCCAUUCAAAGAGCGACAGAUAUUGAAAAGAUUCUGCUCAGUCUCCCACCAUCAAUCAAUACCUUCCCACUGUGGAUUUCUUAUGAUGCUGAUCAACCAAUCAGCAGUUUUAGAAUGAGUCCAGAGAAAACCUACACCCAAAUGAAUGAGGAACUUAAAAGCUACCCCUACAUAAACAUAACUCCACCACUACAACUGAAGGAACUGGGGGUUGAAGGACCACUGCUGGUGCAUCUCAGUGAGGAAAAUGUUGGCGUGUACCUGGAAAAAAACAAACUGACUCCUCAAAAAAUCCAGGUGUUUAAUUGCCUUUCUGGACAAGUGGAAACUGUGGAUGUGAAUGAGCUGGCCAACAAAUUGAGAGAUGUAACUGCUGAUCUCACCUUCAGAGUGACGAAGACACCAAAGGAAGCCAUCGUGGUAAGUAAAAAAAAAAGCAAUUAA